AGCACUGCUCCUUUUUUUUUUUUUUUUCUCCUUUCUCUCUCUUUCUUUCUAUUUUUAUCAUUCUUCUUUCACUAUGGCCGGCGGAAAACAAGUCUAGAGAAUGCUAUAGGAGCCAAGGUUUAGUCAACUCGUCCAAUAAAUUUUGAUGGUUUAAAGCAGCAGAGUGUCCAAUAAUUUUCUGCCACGCGUGGCAGCCUGCUUGUGAAGCAAAACACAGUCUAUAUAGCUUGCUUGGAGUCGCCUGAAAAGCGGGAGCAGAGCCCAGAUAGCAUCGCCUCUAGGGCUCCCUCCAUUCUCUCGUGCUUCUCCUUUCGCUUCCUUCCCUCUUGCAGCGCCGGGAUGGAGCGGGAUCUCGUCCUAUACGCGUCCCUCGUCUUGCUUCUCGUGCCACACGUAGCGGGCGGCAUUGUGCUCGGCCGGAAGGCCGCCGCCGGCGGCGGCGUCCGUGGAGAAACGGAGAGCUACGCCGUCAUCUUUGACGCCGGGAGCACCGGGAGCCGGGUCCACGUCUUCCGGUUCGACGAGAACAUGAACCUAGUCAACAUCGGCGACGACAUCGAGCUCUACGUUGCGGUAAAACCAGGUUUGAGCUCUUAUGCUGAUGAUCCCCAAGAGGCAGCCAAUUCACUCAUUCCUCUCCUGGAGGAGGCUGAAAGUGUGGUUCCUGAGGAAUUGCAACCCACAACACCUGUUAGAUUAGGGGCAACUGCUGGUCUGAGAAAUUUAGGCGAUGAAAAGUCCGAAGAAAUUUUGCAAGCUGUUAGGGAUCUUCUUCAAACCAACAGCUCAUUAGAGUACGAGUCGGAGUGGGUCACUGUUCUUGAAGGAUAUCAAGAAGGUUCUUAUUUAUGGGUUGCUAUGAAUUAUUUGUUGGGGAAUUUGGGAAAUAAAUACUCAGACACAGUUGGAGUGGUUGAUUUAGGAGGUGGCUCUGUCCAAAUGGCUUAUGCUGUCUCUGAAGAGGCUGCCGCAAAUGCUCCAAAUAUCUCGAAUGGAGAUGAUCCAUAUGUGACCAAACAACUUCUUAAUGAAACUAAUUACUACCUUUAUGCUUACAGUUACUUGAAUUUUGGCUUAUUGGCUGCUCGAGCAGAGAUUCUGGAGGCUGUGGAUGACCCUUACAGCUAUUGCAUGUUGGGUGGCUAUACUGGUACCUAUGAGUAUAAUGGUGAGGUGUACAAUGCUUCAGCUUCACCUUCAGGGUCUAGCUACAACAAAUGUAGGACUGAAGCAAUAAAAACUCUAAAAAUAAAUGAAACAUGUACAUACGAGGACUGCUCAUUUGGUGGCGUGUGGAGUGGUGGAGGUGGAGAUGGGCAGAAGAACAUAUAUGUGGCAUCCUUUUUCUACGACAGAGCUGCUCAGGUUGGAUUUAUAGACCCCGAGGAGCCAAGUGCUCUGGUUACACCUUCAGACUUUGAGGAAGCUGCCAAGACUGCUUGCAAUUUGAGUCUUGAGGAAGCCAAUGUCACCUAUCCUAAUGUCGCAGCAGAUGACUUGCCAUACAUAUGCAUGGACCUUGCUUAUGAAUACACAUUGCUCGUGAAUGGUUUUGGCUUGGAGCCAUCACAAGAGAUCACACUGGUUAGCAAGGUGAAGUAUGGCGAUUCCUAUGUGGGGGCAGCAUGGCCGCUUGGUAGUGCCAUUGAAGUUGUGUCAUCUCAAUCUACACAAUCACUUGCAAUGAAGAAAAUUCGGCCCUUGUGGCUUCAAUGGUGAUUUCGUGAUUAGUAUUCUAGCCUAUCAUGCUGAAAAGACUUUAUUGGUUCUACUUAAAUAUUAUAGUGAGGCCAACCCUCAUGGAUCAUGUGGACAUCUCAAUCUUACGUGACUUGUUGUAACUUUUCAUGUUCUGCUUCUUAUGUGUUAUAAAGAGAUAAUAUUUCUAUUGAGAAUAAAGAGGCAUGAUAUUUCCACCA